GCCCGCGCUGGCUCGGUGUGCCGGGGGGAGAGGGCAGUGAGCUCGGCGCAGCACCAUGGACACGAGCUGAGGGAGCAGGCUGAGCGCGCGGGGUUCCGGGCCGCCCAGCUGCGGUGCCCAGGAGGCGGUGGAUCCCACACACCGAAGCCAGUGAAGACCUACAGCAAUAUAAUCCUAUAGAAAUUACAAAGCAAACAAAACUUGAGCUACGUGAUACCGUUUUCCUUCUGGACGCCCUGAUGAGUAAUUUACUUUUUAAGAGAGAAAUUCUAUAUAUACUUCCAUAUAUAUGGCAGGUGCUAUGCCAGCUCCUGAACAGACUCCAUUAAUGGAGGAUGGACUCCAACAGAUCUCCCAAGAAGCCGCUUCUAACACCGGCAUGGAGACUACCGAAACUACCGCCACUAACAUUUUGGCAUCUGUUAAGGAACAGGAGCUUCAGUUUGAACGGCUCACCAGAGAGCUUGAGGCGGAAAGGCAAAUUGUGGCCAAUCAGCUAGAAAGAUGCCGCCUUGGAGCAGAGUCACCAAGUAUCGCCAGCGUAAGCUCUACUGAAAAGUCAUUUCCCUGGAGAUCAGCAGAUGUGCCACCCGGAGGUCCAACCAAGCAGAGACUGUCUGACUCGAGCUACCCCAAUCACUUCCUCACCAGAUCUGAGCCAGAACCAGCAUCCAUGUAUUCACCAGAACAAACAUCUCUUCAUGAAAGUGAGGGGUCACUUGGAAACUCGAGGAGCUCCACACAAAUGAAUUCUUACUCUGAUAGUGGAUACCAAGAAGCAAGUAGCUUCCACAACCAUAAUAUGGGAAAAUCAGAACUAAGACAGCAGCAUUCCUUUAUAGGGUCCAAUAGUAAUCAUGUAAUGAGAACUUCAAGGGCUGAAGGACAAACCUUUGUUCAACCACCAAAUAAUAUGGCAGCAAACAGAGCGGUUAGACGUGUAAGUUCAGUUCCUUCAAGAUCUCAAUCCCCUUCUUAUAUCAUUGGACCGGGUAUUUCUCCCUCUAGAGGAUCCUUGAGAACUUCUCAUGGAAGUGGGUAUGGAUCCCCAUCAAAUACAGAUCCACGACUGCCUCCUACUGCAAACACCUACUCUUCUACUACAUUACCUUCUCAGAGAGCUGCUUCUCCAUACACCAUGCGUAGGUCCACUUCACCAACAACAGUGCGGAGAAUUGGUUCAAUAACAUCUAGGCAAAACUCCAACCCAAAUGGAAUGACUUCUUCCUACCAAACUUUGGGAACAUCUGUUCGAGUGGGCUCUCCUCUUACUUUAUCUGAUGCACAAAGUAGGAUUGGCUCAUCACCUCAAGGUCCUAUGGGCUCCUCAUCUUCUCCAAAACGGGCUGGAAUGACAGCGGUUCCUCAGCAUAUGGGGACAUUACAGAGGAACCUGCAUGAUAUUGACCCAUUUGGUCAACAACCUUAUGAUGUCUAUGAGAGAAUGGUACCACCCAGGCCGGAUAGCCUUACUGGCUUGAGAAGUUCCUAUGCAAGUCAGCAUAGUCAACUUGGCCAGGACCUGCGUUCAGCUGUGUCACCCGACCUGCAGAUCACCCCGAUCUAUGAAGGCAGAACAUACUACAGUCCCGUCUACCGCAAUGCAAACCAUGGAGGAGUUGAGCUGCGGCAAGGGUCACAGACUGCAAUUUAUCGUACUGGCUCAGGGUCUGGUAAACUGCACAGGACAUUGAGUCAACGUAACACUCUUGCAUACCAAAGAAAUAAUUAUGCUCUCAACACUGCAGCUACCUAUGCAGAACCAUACAGAUCAAUGCAGUAUCGGCUAGCAGAGCCCGGCUACAACAGGAUGGCCCACGCAGCGCCAGCUGAUGACGGAACAACGAGGUCGCCAUCGAUUGACAGCAUCCAGAAGGACCCAAGGCAAUUUGCUUGGCGUGACCCUGAACUACCUGAAGUCAUUCAUAUGCUACAACAUCACUUUCCCUCCGUACAGGCAAACGCGGCAGCUUACCUACAGCACCUCUGCUUCGGAGAUAAUAAAAUCAAAAUUGAGGUGUGCCGAUUGGGAGGUAUAAAGCAUCUAGUUGAUCUUCUUGAUAAUAAAGUUCUGGAUGUUCAGAAAAACGCAUGUGGUGCUCUGCGGAAUUUAGUCUAUGGAAAAUCUACUGAUGAAAACAAGAUUGCAGUGAAGAAUGCAGGAGGUAUCCCUGCCCUUUUAAGACUACUGAGAAAAACGGGUGACCAGGAAAUCAGGGAGCUUGUCACUGGAGUCCUGUGGAAUUUGUCAUCUUGUGAUUCAGUGAAGAUGACUAUAAUUCGUGACGCUUUAAUGCCUCUUACCAACACUGUGAUUGUCCCCCAUUCCGGGCUGAAUAAUUCUUCUUUCGACGACGACCAUAAAAUUAAAUUCCAAACUUCCUCUGUUCUGCGCAACACCACCGGCUGCAUGAGAAAUCUCAGUUCAGCAGGAGAAGAAGCACGAAAGCAGAUGAGAUACUGUGAAGGGCUGGUUGACUCUCUCCUCUUCGUGAUUCAGACCUGCGUGAACACCUCCGACUUUGACAGCAAGACUGUGGAAAACUGCGUGUGCACGCUGAGAAACCUGUCCUAUCGUCUAGAACUGGAAGUGCCUCAAGCUCGGAUGCUCGGAAUUAAUGAAAUGGAUGAUUUCUGCAAGGAGUCCCCCAGUAAAGACUCUGACUCCAGCUGCUGGGGGAAAAAAAAGAAAAAGAAAAAAAAAGCUCCACAAGAGGAGCCGUGGGAUGGAGUUGGCCCAAUUCCUGGACUCUCUCAGUCUCCAAAAGGUGUUGAAAUGCUCUGGCAUCCUUCUGUGGUAAAGCCAUAUCUGACUCUUUUAGCCGAAAGCUCUAACCCGGCUACGUUAGAAGGUUCUGCUGGAUCUCUACAGAAUCUCUCUGCAGGCAACUGGAAGUUUGCAGCAUAUAUUCGAGGAGCUGUCCGGAAAGAGAAAGGUCUUCCAAUCCUGGUGGAGCUUCUACGGAUGGAUAAUGACAGAGUUGUGUCGUCUGUUGCUACCGCACUGAGGAACAUGGCAUUAGAUGUUCGUAACAAAGAGCUUAUUGGUAAAUAUGCAAUGAGGGAUCUGGUAAACAGACUUCCUGGGGGCAAUGGGCCAAGUAUUUUGUCCGACGAUACGGUGGCUGCAAUUUGCUGUGCAUUGCAUGAGGUUACAAGCAAAAACAUGGAGAAUGCAAAAGCCCUGGCUGAUACAGGUGGGAUUGAGAAGCUGGUGAACAUCACAAAAGGGAAAGGAGACAGAUCAUCUUUGAAAGUGGUUAAGGCUGCAGCCCAAGUUCUGAACACGUUAUGGCAAUAUCGAGAUCUCCGCAGCAUUUACAAGAAGGAGGGUUGGAAUCAGUCUCAUUUUAUUACCCCAGUGUCAACAUUAGAACGUGACAGAUUCAAAUCCCAUCCUUCGUUAUCAACCACCAAUCAACAGAUGUCUCCCAUGAUCCAGUCAGUGGGCAGCACAUCAUCGUCACCAGCACUGUUAGGAAUACGAGAGCCUCACUCUGGCUAUGAGAGAACGCAGUCCUCUAUGCAAUACUACAACCAGGGAGACUCCGUCAUCCACAAAGACAUUUACACUGGGUCCAGCAAACCGUCUCCUAUCUACAUCAGUUCCUAUUCCUCACCAGCAAGAGAACCGAACAGACGGCAGCAGCAUCAUCAGCUGUACUAUAGUCAUGAAGACUCAAAUAGGAAAAACUAUGAUGCAUACCGAUUGUAUUUGCAGUCUCCACACAGCUACGAGGACCCGUAUUUUGACGAACGUGUUCACUACACACCUGCUGCAGAUCAGAACGCGCAAUAUGGACUCAAGUCAACCACAAACUAUGUAGACUUUUACUCCACAAGGAAACCUUCGUAUAGAUCUGAACAGUACCCUGGAUCCCCAGAUUCCUGGGUGUAGGACCUUCAAGGCACAUAGGACAUUGUGCUAAGAAUCAUGCUUGAUCUGAUUUUUCGAAUGGCCUUAUUUGCUUUUUUUUAUAUAUUUUUUUUCUUUUGUUUUUGUUUUGAUGAUGGAAUUGGAAAGUGAAGAAGGAAGGAUCAUGUACGAGAAUCAUUUUAUUUUUCAGAAGGAUUUUCACGAACGAGAGAAAGAAAAUGAAGCCAGGACAAGUUUUUUUUCGUUAUUUUUGGCUUUUUUAGGUUAAUGCUUAUAGCUAUGUAGUCUGGUGAUGGUGCAAGCAAUGUGAAAAAUGGUAUGAGAUUGCGGAAUAUGAUUUAUGGGGGCAACGUCUAGGUCAAAGUAAAUCUUGGAAUUGUUUUCCUUUUAUUUUAAUUUUUAUUUUUAUGUGAAUAAAGUCAUGUUCCAAUAGUUUGUACAGAGAUGUUGAUCAAACGAAUGCUGUGUCUUACGGUUAUUACUAAAUGUCUACACUGUAUGCUAUUUGUCUUGUACAUUUCUCUCACCAAUGUAAAUAGGACAAUGCCAUAUCAGACUGAAAGUGCCAUCAAAAUUGUAUUGCAGUGUGCAUCAUUUUGGAAUCAUUGGGGGGAAAAACUGAGAGUUUAACUAUAUAUAUAUAUAAAUAUAUAUAUAUAUAUAUAAAAAUGCUAACUAAAGAGUAACGUUUUUAAACAUAGUGUAAUUUCAGAGAAGAAAACAUUCUACACUUUUCCAUUCCCCUGCCCCUUUCAUAGACUGUUUCACUGCCAUUUUCUAUGCACACAAAUUCAAAAUAAAUGUGGACAAUUCAUCCACAGAAACCUG